AUGAGCCAAUCAAAAAACUAUUUGUUCCAAAGAGCCACUCUGUUACUGUUUCUGAUGGUUAGAAGACAAUAUUUGCUUUCUCUUUUUCAUUUCUUCCGGAUGAAAGGCUAAGCCGUAAUAGAAAGAAUGGAGAACUAUUCAUUGACCAUCUUUAUUCUGUGGGCUCUGAUUCUCCCAUGGGAACACCAAGGGAUGGUUUUCCAUACUGGAACUCAAAGGUAAAGACAUUCAAGGACAGACAUUCUUGGCAGAGCAUAGAUGAAGAUGGCAAGUUCCCUGGCCUUCCUUCUGCUCAACUUUCAUGUCUCCCUCUUCUUGGUCCAGCUGCUCACUCCUUGCUCAGCUCAGUUUUCUGUGCUUGGACCCUCUGGGCCCAUCCUGGCCAUGGUGGGUGAAGAUGCUGAUCUGCCCUGUCACCUGUUCCCAACCAUGAGUGCAGAGACCAUGGAGCUGAGGUGGGUGAGUUCCAGCCUAAGGCAGGUGGUGAAUGUGUAUGCAGAUGGAAAGGAAGUGGAAGACAGGCAGAGUGCACCAUAUCAAGGGAGAACUUCGAUUCUACGGGAUGACAUCGCUGCAGGGAAGGCUGCUCUCCGAAUACACAACGUCACAGCCUCUGACAGUGGAAAGUACUUGUGUUAUUUCCAAGAUGGUGACUUCUAUGAAAAAGCCCUGGUGGAGCUGAAGGUUGCAGCACUGGGUUCUGAUCUUCACAUUGACGUGAAGGGUUAUGAGGAUGGAGGGAUCCAUCUGGAGUGCAGGUCCACUGGCUGGUAUCCCCAACCCCAAAUACAGUGGAGCAACGACAAGGGAGAGAACAUCCCGACUGUGGAAGCACCUGUGUUUGCAGAUGGAGUGGGCCUGUAUGCAGUAGCAGCAUCCGUGAUCCUGAGAGGCAGCUCUGGGGAGGGUGUUUCCUGUACCAUCAGAAGUUCCCUCCUCGGUCUGGAAAAGACAGCCAGCAUUUCCAUCGCAGAGAAGCUCCUGGAGGAACUCAGAUGGAGAAGUAUGCAGUACACGGUUUUGGGAGAGAGACCUUCAGCCUAUAAUGAAUGGAAAAAGGCCCUCUUCAAGCCAGAAGAGAUGCAGUCAGCACUGAGACACCACUGCCUUUUAGCUGAGCCCUGGUAUCUCUCCCCAGGACUGGACUCUGAGCCCCUCAUUGAAAUGAGGGGCCACGAGGACGGGGGCAUCUGGCUGGAGUGCAUAUCUGGAGGGUGGUACCUGAAGCCCCUCACGGUGUGGAGGGACCCCUACAGUGAGGUCGUGCCUGCCCUGAAGGAGAUCUCCACCCCUGACACAGAAGGGCUCUUCAUAGUCACCACAGCUGUGAUUACCAGAGACAAGUUGGUGAGGAACGUGUCCUGCUCUAUCAAUGAUACCCUGUUCGGCCAGAAGAAAGAAAGUGUCAUUUUUAUUCCAGGUAAUUUUCCAUGUUGGAACUCAAAGGUAAAGACAUUGAGGACAGGCCUUUUUGGCAGAGCACGGAUGAAAAUGGCAAGUUCCCUGGCCUUUCUUCUGCUCAACUUUCAUGGUUGCCUCCUCUUGGUCCAGCUGCUUACUCCUUGCUCAGCUCAGUUUGCUGUGCUUGGACCCCAUGGGCCCAUCCUGGCCAUGGUCGGUGAAGAUGCUGAUCUGCCCUGUCACCUGUUCCCGACCAUGAGUGCAGAGACCAUGGAGCUGAGGUGGGUGAGUUCCAACCUUAGGCAGGUGGUGAACGUGUAUGCAGAUGGAAAGGAAGUGGAAGACAGGCAGAGUGCACUGUAUCGUGGGAGAACUUCGAUUCUACGGGAUGACGUCACUGCAGGGAAGGCUGCUCUCCGAAUACACGUCACAGCCUCUGACAGUGGAAAGUACUUGUGCUAUUUCCAAGAUGGUGAUUUCUAUGAAAAAGCCCUGGUGGAGCUGAAGGUUGCAGCAUUGGGUUCUGAUCUUCACGUUGAAGUGAAGGGUUAUGAGGAUGGAGGGAUCCAUCUGGAGUGCAGGUCCACUGGCUGGUACCCACAACCCCAAAUAUAGUGGAGCAACACCAGGGGAGAGGACAUCCUGGUUGUGGAAGCACCUGUGGUUGCAGAUGGAGUGGGCCUGUAUGCAGUAGCAGCAUCCGUGAUCAUGAGAGGCAGAUCUGGGGAGGGUGUAUCCUGCAUCGUCAGAAAUUCCCUCCUCGGCCUGGAAAAGACAGCCAGCAUUUCCAUCACAGACCCCUUCUUCAGGAGCACCCAGCCCUGGAUCGCAGCCCUGGAAAAGACCCUGCCUAUCUCGCUGCUGCUUCUCGCAGGAGCCAGUUACUUCUUGUGGAGACAACAGAAGGAAAAAAUUGCCCUGUCCAGGGAGACAGAAAGAGAGCGAGAGAUGAAAGAAAUUGGAUAUGCUGCAACAAAGCAGGAAAUAAGCCUAAGAGAGAAGCUCCAGAAGGAACUCAAGUGGAGAAAAAUCCAGUACAUGGCUCGGGGAGAGAAGUCUUUGGCCUAUCAUGAAUGGAAAAUGGCCCUCUUCAAGCCUGGGCCUCCCAUUGGCCAAACCCAACAGCAAACUAGAGGACAAGGGAGCCCAGUGGCACUGUCCCUAGAUACAGAUUCCUGGGGCCCAGAAGAGGGUGGAGAAAGCUGAAGGUUGGAGAGUGAAUCACGGGCCCCCACAGAGCCCAGCACAGAGACUACCUUGCAGCUAUUAGAAUAUCAGGAGCUUUCUUCAUGCCCUGCUGUGGGCUCAGUAAAUAACAUGAUUCCCUUAUACUACGCUAGAGAUUCGUAUUUUUAUC